CAGGAGGCGACAAUGCUCCAAGUGUUGAUCAGUGUUCGUUACAGAGGAAGAGUCCGUUGCUAACCGUGUCAGAGAAACCUGCGGCGUGACGUCGCAGCGUGGAAGUGGAGAAGGUGAUACAGUGCUACAACAACCGGUCUGCCCAGAAACGAUGGAUCAGAAAAUCCCUUAUGACGACUACCAGCUCCCAGUUGUCUUCCUGCCUUCUUAUGAGAACCCACCAGCAUGGAUACCUCCACAGGACCGUAUUCAUCACCCUGACUACAACAACGAGCUCACGCAGUUCUUACCUCGCACCAUCGUCCUGAAGAAACCUCCGGGAGCACAGCUGGGCUUUAACAUCCGGGGGGGCAAAGCAUCACAGCUAGGAAUCUUCAUAUCCAAGGUGGUUCCAGACUCAGAUGCCCAUAGAGCAGGGCUACAAGAGGGGGACCAGGUUCUGUCUGUGAAUGAGGUGGAUUUCCAAGACAUAGAGCACUCAAGAGCCGUAGAGAUUCUAAAGACUGCACAAGAAAUAUUGAUGCGGGUUCGCUUCUUUCCUUACAACUACCAACGGCAGAAGGAGAGGACUGUCCACUAGAUGGCAGCAGAACGGGAGAAAGCGGUGGACAGACCUUCUCCUCCUCCCACGGACUCUGGCCUCCAUUCUGUCUCAGCUUCACGAUGACAGAUGUAUGACUCACAAACUCAUUCAAAGUCUGUGUACCAAUAACAAAGACUCAGUCUUCUCUCCGUCAGACAGUCAAACCCUCUGAUCUACUGUGACACACACACAAUGAUUUCUACAGCAAUAGGGGGUGUUUACAGGAAGUCGUAUUUUUAGCUUUUAGAAAAGCAGAAGCCUUGUAGACAUUUUCAAUCAUGAAUUAUAGAAUUGAUAUUUUCAAUCGUAACUUUUAAAGACUGUAAUUUAAUGAAUCCAAAUUGCCUUUUUUAAUCUUUCCCUCAAGCUCAUUAGAGGUUUUAGAAAUAUAACACUUAAAUCAAGUUCAAAUUUGCACUGUAAACAUUUUCAUGGUUUACUCAAAGUAAUCAUAUAACUGUACCGCAUAAAUAAGUAACUGAGCAGUAACAUGUAUUGUACAAAUUACUUGGAUUUCAUUAAUAUUUUGAGUACAGAGACAGCAGUGUCACAUGACUUUAUUAGAUGUAGUAGAUUUAAAAAUAUAACAGAAAACACUGUACAUCCAUUUUUUUUAUUUAACAAAUAUUUAUAAUUGUGUUGGAAAUAUUAAGUCGUGUAAAUAUAUUUCAAUCACUGCUAUUGGGAACCCAGCAUUACUUUAAUACUGAAAAGUAUAAAUAUCCUCUGUUUCAAACAUUUUAAGUUUUAUUGACUCUGCUCCUUGGCUGAAUGACGUGGUUUUGAUGUAUUCCUUGUUUACUUGAGUUUCCAAACUCUUGACAAUUAUAACUUCUCACAUUCUGUUAAAGUGCUGUUAUUGUGCUCUGUAUCUUAGCAUACUGCUAAAGCUUAUUAUAUGGCUUCUGUGUGUGAAGGAGAACAGGAGAACUGUAGGUUUUCCUGUUCGACUAAAGAUUAUUCCAGGCAGUGAUUGUGACCUCUUUGGUUUAGUAUGUGCUAAGUCAGUAAAACCAACAGAUUCAGUGUUUGGUCUACACAGUGACAGAGAAAAGUUGAAACCCUGGGGAUGAUGCUGCUCUAUGCUAAGAUACAGUAGCUUUGAAACAUCUACAGACACUGUCUUAUACUUUUUUACAUUGAUUUUAAUAAAGGGACUUUAAAGCAA